CAUAUAUGAAGAAAGCAUACUCUAGAAAAGAAAACAGCAGUUUAAGUGUUGUCAUGCAGGCAUGAAUUCACGGGUAUAGUGACCAAACUGGGGAAGAAUGUGAAGAAAUUCAAAUUGGGUGACAAAGUUGGGGUGGGGGUGAUGGUUGGGUCCUGCAGGUCGUGUGAGAGUUGCAAGCAGGGCUUGGAGAAUUACUGCCCCAAAAUGAUGUUCGCUUACAACUCCAUAUAUCAUGAUGGCACCAAGAACUAUGGUGGUUACUCUAAUAUGGUGGUAAUUGAUCAGCACUUUGUUCUUCGCUUCCCUGAUAACCUGCCCUUGGCUGCCGGUGCGCCCCUACUCUGUGCUGGGAUCACAGUCUACAGCCCAAUGAAAUACUAUGGAAUGACUCAGGCGGGCAAGCAUCUGGGUGUGUCUGGGCUUGGAGGCCUCGGCCAUGUUGCGGUGAAGAUAGGCAAGGCAUUCGGGCUCAAAGUUACUGUUAUCAGUGCCUCGCCAAAUAAGAAGGAUGACGCCAUCAAAAGGCUCGGCGCCGAUGCCUUCCUUCUCUCCACUGACCCUGCAAAAAUGAAGGCAGCUUUAGGUACCAUGGACUACAUCAUCGACACGGUGGCUGCAGUCCAUCCCCUGGGUCCUCUUCUUGGGCUGCUCAAGGUGAAUGGAAAGCUGAUCACUCUGGGCUUGCCCGAAAAGCCCCUGGAGCUGCCUAUCUUCCCUCUGGUCUUGGGGCGGAAGCUUGUUGGGGGAAGUAAUGUAGGAAGCACGAAAGAGACACAGGAAAUGCUGGAGUUCUGUGCCAAGCACAACAUUACUGCAGAUAUCGAGAUGAUAAGGAUGGAUUACAUAAACACUGCCAUGGAGCGACUUGCCAAAUCUGAUGUCAGGUAUAGGUUUGUGAUCGAUGUGGCGGGGUCCUUGUCAGAGUAGACGAGGCAUGGGAGUUUGUAUAGCUGCUGUUGCACGCCUCCCCUUGUUUUGAGGCAUGGUGUAAA